ACAGCACUGAUUCGAUUCUUCGAUCUGUCUGUAAACAUUCAGAACGUAGUGAAAAAGCAAAGGGUGAAAAAGUGUUGAUUCGAUUUAAAGACAAAAUUUUUUAACCAUGGCCGAUGAAUAUGCAUUAGUGUCGAGAGGAAAGCUGAAAUUGAAGACCGAUUCUGAAAUCAAGAAGAAAAAAUCGAAGAAACACAACAAGAAAGAAAAGGAAAAACUUGAACGAGGUGCCCAAGAGGAGCUUGAAUCCAUAAAAACCACCGCUGAAGAACAUCAUUCGCAAACGAGACACUUAACAAAGGCGGAAGUUUCGUACAAAAAAAUGCAAGAGAAAAUGCAAGAGAAACGGAUAAUGGAGAAGGCAUCAUUGACCCAUAAGCAACGUGUCGAAAAAUUCAACGAACAUUUGGACAGCUUAACAGAACACUUUGACAUCCCGAAGGUGUCUUGGACGAAAUAAUGUUUUGGAACUGCUGCUGUACGCAUCAUUUGUAUAUUAUUUGAAAUUACAUCAUAAAAUC